AUGGAAAUCGAUGUUCAGAAAAGUGAUAAGAAAUUAUUGAACUUCUGCGCUAACAACUAUCUAGGACUGAGCAGUCAUCCAGAGGUAAUCCAAGCGGCCAAAGAUGCACUGGAUACUCACGGUGCGGGUAUGAGCUCUGUACGCUUCAUCUGCGGUACUCAAGAUAUUCACCGAGCACUCGAGCUCAAAAUUGCUGAGUUCCACGGUCGCGAGGAUUCAAUCCUUUAUGCGGCAUGCUUCGAUGCAAAUGGCGGUGUUUUCGAUGUUGUGACGAACAAAGAAGAUGCAGUUAUUUCCGACGAAUUGAAUCACGCAUCGAUUAUCGAUGGUGUUCGUCUGUGCAAAGCAAAACGCUAUCGCUACAAGCAUUGUGAUAUGGCUGAUCUCGAGAAGAUUUUGAUCGAAACCAAAGGUGCGCGCCGGCGUUUGAUCGCAACAGACGGUGUGUUCAGUAUGGACGGUGAUGUGGCACCGCUGAAAGAAAUCUGCGAUUUGGCUGAGAAAUACAAUGCGAUGACAUUCAUGGAUGAAUGUCACGCAACGGGUUUCUUCGGAGCCACGGGACGUGGUACUGAAGAGGUUUUGGGUGUUAUGGGACGUAUUGAUAUUAUCAAUUCAACGUUGGGUAAGGCUCUAGGUGGUGCAAUGGGUGGUUAUACCACUGGUCCGAAGCCAAUCAUUGAUUUGUUGAGACAGAAGUCAAGACCAUAUCUCUUCUCGAACUCAUUGGCACCAUCUAUUGUUGGAGCUUCACUUAAGGUACUCGACCUACUGAUGGCACCGAACGAAUUCACCAGCUCACUCACGUCGAACAUCGCACAUUUCCGUAAAUCAUUGACAGAUGCUGGCUUCAAAGUGAUCGGCAACCCAAGUCAUCCAAUUUGCCCUGUAAUGCUCGGAGACGCAAGGCUAGCCGCCACCUUCGCCGAUGAGAUGCUCAAAGAGGGUAUCUACGUCAUUGGUUUCAGUUAUCCCGUAGUGCCUAAGGGAGCAGCCAGAAUUCGUGUACAGAUCUCCGCAGCACAUACUCGUGAACACAUCGACCGUGCAAUCGACGCGUUCAUUCGUAUCGGCAAAAAACUCAAUGUGAUCCAUUAA